AUGCAUGCAAUGGCAGGCCUUCCCCUCGAGCUGCGGCUCAGAAUCUGGGAGGAGACGUGGCCCUCUGCACGCCUCAUCGAGGUCUCGCUGCCGCCCGGGGGCUCCGGCGGCGGCGCACCUCGGCGCAUCAAGCCCAGCCGGCAGGUCGGCGCCGAGAAGGUGACGGCGUGGGACUCGCAGGCCAAGCGGCUGGAGGACGUGUCAUGCCGGCCGUACUCGCACCCCGUGGCGCUGCAGGUGUGCCGCGAGUCCCGCGACCACACGCUGGCGACAUACCGGCGGCUGCAGCACUCGACGGUGGCCGACUGCGCCUUCUACUUCGACCCGGGCCGCGACGUGCUGUGGCUGCACCGCGACCUGAGCCAGUUCGACACGGCCAGCCUGAGCCACGUGGAGCGGGUGCUGUUCAAGGAUGUCGAGCGGUUCGACGACAGCGGCGCCGACAAGAAGCAGCGGCGCCGUGAACUGCUUGAGAUGGUCGAGUCGAUGGGCCAUGUCCGCGAGGUCAUGGUGCUCGUGCACUGGACCAGCAUCGCCGACCUCGACGGCGAUCCCGGCAAGAACAGCGAGACGCUGUACGACUGGAUGCAGUACUAUAUGUUCAUGCUGGACGAGAGCUGGGAGCUGCUGGACCACCAGCCCUGGGUGCUGCAAUUCCUGAGCACCUGGGACGAGUGCGGCGUGUGCUUCGAGGCGCGGGGCGAGGCGAAACUCUGGGGCGAUGCCAGGGAGGGCCCGCUGUAUGGCUGUCCUAGUCACGAUGUGGUCUACCGAAAGCGCCUGGUCGAGCGCUUCCCCAAAAGAUUCGUCGAUGUCCACAGGAUUUGA